AUGGCACAAAAAGAAUUGACACUGCUACCACCAGACCUGAUGGAGUCUCAAUUAUCCAUAAUUGACCUCCUGACAGCCAUGUUCCCGUCACCUGGAGAGAUCGACAUACCUGCGUCCACCACUGAAUGCAUUGAAAAGCUCCGCAACUGGUGCGAGAACCCAUCUGCAGCGCCCUCCAGGAUUCCUUCAACGUUACACCUUGCAGUCUGUUUGCCGAUUGCGGGGGGAGAAAAAUCAAUACAAGUCAACAUAUCAAUCCCAGUCCAAUGUGAUGGUCCAGAUAUAGCACAGCCGCCAUCAUUGAGUUAUUCACUACGGCAACCAGACUGGAUGUCCAAAGCCGAGCUGGCUACGCUGGCCGCUGCAAUGCCCCUAGAUGACCUGUUCGAAGCUUUUGAAUACGUUCAGGAUGAAGCGCUGCGCUUCUUGGAGGCUCAGCGGGCUUCAAAAUCUGAAACUACCAAGAACAGUUCCGGGCCGAUCGUGCGAGUCUGGUUCUAUUUCCCGUCUCUAUCAACUCGAGAAAAGCGCAACGAUCUUGUUAAUCACGCCCCUGACUACUCUCUGACCGGCUUCGUGCUGGCCGGCAAGCCUGGUGUGUUGUGUCUAGAGGGGGCGUCGACGGAUAUUGACGGUUAUAUGAGCUUCAUUAAGACACACUCCUGGGGCGAUAUCCCCAGCCAUCAGAAAAAGGUCAGCGAGAGAUAUCGGGAGACGAAGGACGUUCAGAGAGUAUUCUCUGGGAUGGAGGAAAUCACGGAUUCAUUAGGUGAACGAAGUGGCCACAGAGCCAAUCGGGGCGAUAUGCAGGCAUUAGAGACCUGGCUACAAGCGCGAGGGUUGCAUGAAGCUUUUGACAAGGUGAUAUUUUAA